UCUCUCUUUCUACCUACCUAUAUAUUCUAUAUAUAUGAACCUUUUUAUAUUUGCGAAAGCCCCAAUUCAACUGAGCUCCACCUACUAUCGUAACAAACUACCUGUACUCACCCCCGCCGAUUUCAACUAACAAAACCCCGCUUCCCGAACCAUAUCCGGACGUCGCCGUCGCGGGGCAACUUCAUCUGCGUACCAUCCUCUCCCACCAUCACCACCACCACCAUCAACAAAACGACACAAUACGCAUCCCAAUUCAUUCCCACCGCCUUCGCAGAUAUGCCAUCCUCCGACAUAGCCCACGAAUUCGAUACGAUAGAAGACACAAUCACAGCCUUCAGUCCGUUCCCUCAACGCCCCUCUAUCAACCUACUUUCAAUCGUACUUUCACAAGCAUGCCACUAACACAAUCCCCCAGAAAAUGGCGAGUUCAUCGUAGUCCUCGACUCCCUCUCCCGCGAAAACGAAGGCGAUCUCAUUAUAGCCGCUGAAUCUCUGACGCCUCAGAGAAUGGCUUUCAUGAUCCACCACACAUCGGGUCUAAUUUGCGCCCCAAUCCUCCCCUCUCUCUGCAAAAAGCUUCAGCUACCACAAAUGGUCACCACGAAUGAAGAUCCGAAUCUCACAGCCUAUACCAUCUCCAUAGAUGCUUCUUCUCCUCUGACCACCACUGGCAUUUCCGCGCAUGACCGCAGUUUAACCUGCACGACACUCGCAAAACCCGAUGUCCAAGUAUCCGAUUUCAGAAGGCCCGGUCAUGUAUUUCCAUUGAUGGCAAAGGAAGGCGGCAUAAGACAGAGAAGAGGACACACCGAGGCCGCGACAGAGUUUUGUAGAUUGGCUGGGAUGAGAGAGGUGGGUGUGAUCAGUGAACUUGUCGAAGCCGGAGGGGAAGUUGCGGGGAGGGCGGAAAGGACCGAGACUAGUAUGAUGAGAAGAGAUGGGUGUCUGGCUUUCGGGAAAAAGUUUGGGUUAAAGGUCUGCACAAUCGAGGAUCUGGUGGAAUAUGUGGAGAAGAGGGAGGGGAAGUUAGCUUUGAAGAAUGGGGGCUCAUAG